AUGAUUAAGGGCCUGAAGAACUCUGCCUUGCAACUGUCUAAUCCUAUGUUGAACCUCAAACGGUUUUUCUCCGUCCACAGUUCCAUUUUACAAGAACUUUCCCGAGCAGAAAUGAGAAAGCUGUCGCCAACAAAGUUAAAAGAACUCAGAUUACAGCACAAACCAAAGGCUCCCAAAAGUGCUUACCAAUUGUUCAUCAAACACAAGUUUGCAACGAAUACGGACAAAGACACCAGUCCGCGGGACCUUCUAGGGAAGUUUGCUUCGGAGUGGAAAACAGCGUCCGAGGAGGUCAAGGCACCAUUUGUCAAGACAUAUAAUGAGGCAGCUGCUGAGUACGCGAAAGAAUUUCAGGCGUGGAAAGAAAAGUAUACCGUUCGGUCUCCGUACAUGAACUUUUUCAUGUCCGUUUACCCUAAACGAGUUGUCAAAGAUUUCAGCCAAAACAGCACCAUCAUGAAACAGAUUGCUGAAGAAUGGAAAGCUUUAUCACCGGAGGAAAAAGAAUCAUACAGAUCGAAAGAUUGA